CCCCCCCCCCAGCAGAGCAUUCACGAUGAUCGUGACUAUCCUCUCACCACUGCUUUCUCUACUAGUCCUCCUCCCUUCACUGACGCUCGCCGCCCCGCUCGAUCGACGAGAUACCACACCGAUCACCUCUGGAUCCACGAUCAACGGAAGAACAUAUGACUAUGUGAUCGUCGGUGGUGGCCUCGCAGGAAUGGUACUCGCUAGGCGAUUAUCAGAAGACGUCUCAAAGAGCAUCUUGGUGAUUGAAGCUGGGAGGGACGAAGAAUCCAAUGCGGAUGUGUAUAAUGCCGGAAAUUAUCAGAAUGCUUUCGGGUCUCGAGUUGAUUGGGCGUACCAAUCCACCUCACAGCAAUACGGAGGUGUGCAAACCCUUCGAUCCGGCAAAGGCUUGGGCGGUUCAACCCUGAUCAACGGGAUGGCCUGGUCUAAACCUCACGAUUUCCAGAUUGACGCCCUGGAGCAAGUCGGCAAUACCGGUAUCAACUGGGCGUCUCUCGAACCCUAUAUGCUCAAAGCUGAAUCCUUCACACCUCCCUCGACGAACCAAUUCGCCAACGGAGUCACGUUCCGAUCCUCUUGUCACAGUACUGGCGGACCGCUCAGCAUUCAAUACGAUCCCAACGCUUCGCCUGGGUCGUUCGAAAAGGCUUUCAACACCUCUGUCCAAUCUAUUGGUCUCCCAUACGCUUACGACUUGACGUGUGGUAAUCCUGCUGGUCGAGCUCCCAUCGCCAACACGCGAAAUGGAGGUACGAGAUCUGACGCUUACCGAGCCUAUGUCUACCAACGAUCCAUUCCCAAUCUCACCCUUAUGACGCAAGCCAAUGUUGGAAAAGUCCUCUUGUCCAGCGACUCGACACCCAAAGCUACCGGUGUUGAGUUUCGAGAUGCCUCAGGUGGGACGUACACUGUCAAUGCUGGACUCGAAGUGCUCAUGGCUGCGGGCUCGAUCAAAACGCCAGUGAUCCUACAGCAAUCUGGUAUUGGACCUUCCUCUGUGCUCUCCUCUGCUGGCGUGUCUCAAAAAGUCAAUCUUCCCGUCGGACUCAACUUGAUCGACCAAACGACCAGUACGACUAAUUGGAAGAUCGGUUCUGCGGGUGGAGGUGGACAACCCAUCACUUUCCCCAGGUUUCAAGACCUGUUUUCCGGUACCACCGAGGUGAACAACUUCAAAUCUCUCAUCUCCAACGCCAGUAUUCAAUCCUACGUUCAAUCGGCCGUCAAUGCUGGAGCUUACGAUUCCGCUUCAUCCUCUGGUCUCGCCAAGAUUUUGGGCAUUCAAGCCGAUUGGAUCAUCAACAAGGGAGUGGGAAUGAGUGAGAAUUUUGACUACUCCUAUGGUCAGACCCUAGGCUAUGACUCAUGGUACCUCUUGCCGUUCGGUCGAGGCAGCAUCAAGAUCAAUACCAAUCAGCCAUACGACAACAAUUUUUCGAUUGACCCAAGAUACCUCAGUACGAAUGCUGAUCGAAUCGCUCAAGGCGCUACUGUCCGAUUCACUCGAAAAGUCUCUGGAACCUCUCCUCUAUCGUCUUCUGUUCAGAGCGAAUCGACACCGGGUACUUCGACCGUCCCUCAGAAUUCCAACCUUGACGCAUGGGCGACUUGGGCUCAGAAUCAUUAUCGAUCCAAUUGGCACCCUAUCGGUACGGCCGCCAUGAUGUCCCAGAACCUCGGUGGAGUCGUUGAUUCUUCGCAUAAAGUGUAUGGCGUCUCUGGACUUCGAGUCAUCGAUGGUUCUGUCCUCCCUUUCCAAGUCUCUUCUCACCUCAUGUCUGUCAUCUAUGGUCUCGCCGAACGAGCGGCAGACCUUAUCAAGAAGGAUCACCCGUCCUCUGGGUCCAGCACGAAGACGAUUCGACCUCAAAACUUUAGCGGAAAAUGCUUGACCGUCUCGGGUACUUUGGGAAACGGUACACCGGUCCAACUCCAAGAUUGCAAUGGUAGUUCUGGCCAACAAUGGCAAGUGGCAUCCGCAGGAGGAUCAGGAUCCAUCAAGACUGUCAAUGGUGAUUGGUGUAUCGAUGCUGGAAACCCGCCCGUCAAUGACGGAACCAAGUUGAAGAUUUGGCAAUGUUACAAUGGACUCGCGGCUCAAACGUGGUCGACCACGACGGGAGGCACCAUCCAAUUGGGUAACGCUAAUGAAUGUUUCGACUUGACCAACGGAAGUGGAUCCAACGGCAACGUCAUCCAGACCUGGACUUGUUAUUCAGGCAACACGAACCAGCAGUGGUCCAUUCAGUAAGGACGCGGCGGCAAGUUCAUUUUAUUUUUGCUAUAAGACCGGGCUUCCCUCUUCACUGUCCUCCACCCCUACACCCUUCAACCUCACACAAUGGACAUUUUCCCGGGCAUUUCAUUCUACACGCAAAACAUGGACAAUAAACACUCAUAAUCGCCUCGACGAGCGAGAAACAAUGGACACUUGGAGUGUAGGCAAAGUCAGAUCAAUAUAAUGAAAGACACAAAGUACAAAGAGCGCUCAUAUGCAUACUGUAU